AGCGGCGCGCGAGAGCAUGAGUAGACGAGAGGGUCCCCGCGCACGCGCUAUUAUUGUUUUGACUGAAAAUGCCGUCGGUUUCGAAAACGGCGGCGAGCGCUUCUCCUCAAACCGAGAAACCAACCCACUAUACAUAUUUGAAGGAGUUCAGGACCGAGCAGUGCCCACUGUUUUUGCAGCACAAAUGCACACAGCACAGACCCUUUACGUGUUUCCACUGGCAUUUUCUCAACCAGCGAAGACGGAGACCUAUCCGGAGAAGAGACGGGACUUUUAAUUACAGCCCAGAUGUGUACUGUACCAAGUAUGAUGAAACAACAGGGAUAUGUCCCGAUGGAGACGAUUGCCCUUAUUUACACCGGACCACCGGUGACACAGAGCGCAAGUACCAUUUACGCUACUACAAGACCGGCACCUGCAUUCAUGAGACAGAUGCCCGUGGACAUUGUGUGAAGAACGGCCUCCACUGCGCCUUCGCUCAUGGACCACAUGACCUUCGGCCACCGGUUUAUGAUAUCAGAGAGAUCCAGGCACAGGAAGCUCUGCAGAACGGCCAGUUGGGAUCCGGGGAGGGAAUUCCUGACCUGCAGCCGGGUGUGCUGGCCAGCCAGGCCAUGAUUGAGAAGACCCUAAAUGAGGACCCACGUUGGCAAGACACCAAUUUUGUUUUGGCCAACUACAAAACUGAGCAGUGCACCAAGCCUCCACGUCUAUGCAGGCAGGGCUAUGCCUGUCCCCACUAUCACAACAGCAGAGAUAGGAGAAGAAAUCCCAGAAAGUUCAAAUACAGGUCGACGCCCUGCCCGAGUGUAAAGCACGGUGAUGAAUGGGGCGAACCCUCCAAGUGUGAGAGUGGGGACAGCUGUCAGUACUGCCACUCUCGCACCGAACAGCAGUUCCACCCAGAGAUUUACAAAUCUACUAAAUGCAACGACAUGAGGCAAACUGGAUACUGCCCAAGGGGACCAUUCUGUGCUUUUGCACAUGUGGAAAGAAUUCCUUCCACAGAGGAGACCAUGAACACGUUGCUCUCAGCAAUGCAGUCGGGCUCUCAGUCCAAGCUGGGCUCCCAGCAAUAUCCAGAGUGUCCAAUCAACGAGUGGAGCGCCAACACGAAUUCCAUCACCAGCAGCGCGAGUAACAACGGCCAGACAGGAAACGUAUCAUGCUCUAAUAGUCCGACUGUAACACCAAGCUCAGGGAGCAACAGUUCUUUGUCCCCAAUUGGACCCAUCGGCAGGCCAAAAUGCUUUACUAAUGGUAGCUUAUGUUCAGAGUCCACCACGUCCAGUGUUUCCUCUCCGACGUCUAACUAUCCCAAAGCUCCGGGUUUUGAACGGGAGGAUCAGGCAAAGAACCAGAAGAGCCAGUCUGGGGAAAAUAAUCAAAAGUUAAUGGACCAAGACAAACAGGCUCACGGCGGUGUGUUCUCAGUGGUGAACCCGCUAGCGUCCAGCAUUACAUCAAGCAUCACGUCCAGCUUGGCCUCCAGUAUCGGAUCUGACAGUUCGUCACCCACCACUUUAUCAACCAUGAAUGCAAAAGCCACGCCUUUCUAUCCAGGCAGCAAUACUGUGGAGUCAGUAAUAGGAUCUGCACUUGACCUAAAUUUUAGUGACAUCAAUGUUGCCUCCCUCGACAAAGAGCUGGAGGACCAGGACAACAAUGGCCUUGGUUUAACAAAUCAGAGGUUAUUAGGAGGCUCUGCUCCUGUCAAUAUUCCUGGCUCUCUGGCUCGGUCUUCCUCUCUGCAUUCCUCGUCGUCUCUAUCCGCCUCCCCGCUCAGCUCGCUGUCUCAAUCCCUGUCCCAGUCUCUCCUCACUGGAAUGGCCUCCCAGCAGAGCCAGCCACAGGCACCACCUGUUAAAACCGAGCAUGGCCUUCUAGGAACACCCACGUCUACACAGAACUCCUUAGGUCUGAAUGGCGGAGCAGGGAGUAUAUGGGACUUUAUGAGUGGCAGCUUCUCUCCCAGCCCGUCUCCAGUGUUCAGCAGCCUUACUUCCAGCACGGUCGGCUCCAGCAGCGCAGACAUCGGCCGGCUCCUCCGAGAACUGGAUGAAGCCAAGCGCAAGAUAAAGCAAUGGGAGGAGGCCUGGCACCAAGUCAAACAGGCCUGUGAAGCGUGGCAGAAAGACGCUCACGAAGCGAAAGAACAAGCUAAAUCGGCAGAGGCGGAGCGGCAGCUGGCAGAGCAGAAGCGAGAGGACACCGAGCGCAAGCUGAAGGAACUGCAGGGAGACUUUGACGUUUUGUGUCGCUCCCCCAACACGCCUCUCCUGCGCAGCUACGGCGAGCUGGACCAGCUCCCUCUGCCAAAGCUCCGCUCCAUCCAGAGCCAGCUGCGCUCUGACCUAGACCUCAUAGACGGGGUAAUAUAUCAGCUUCAGUCAAAGAAAUGUAUAGUUUGCCAAAAGCAUGAUCGUUCCAUUGUCCUGCAGCCUUGCCAACAUUAUGUACUUUGUCAGAACUGUGCGUCUGGUAAAACGGAAUGUCCUUACUGUAAGACGAAAAUAUUGAAGUGGUGAUGUACAGCUAUCCAAGGUACUAUUUAAUGAUUUAGCCCUUUGAAGAACUACUAAUACAUAAUAUUAUUAUUAUUAUUAUUAUUAUUAUUAUUAUUAUUAUGCUUACAGUUUCUAAAUAGCAUUUUUUUGUUUUUUUUGUUUCAGUAUUUCAUAUAGUGAUUCAAUUGAUUUGAUUUAUUAGAAUCUAAGUGGUGUUUGACUGAUACAAGUACUUAAAUGCAAUACCUGUUCUGUACAAGCUAGAUUUUUAUCAAUUUUCAUAAAGCAUUAAACAAUUUCCCCUUGGCAUUUUUAGUCAGUUGGCCCUGAUUUGACUGUUAGCAACAAAAUCAUCGGUCCGACGCCACUGUUGCUACUAGCUGUAUGAAGAGGAUUCAUUUCUUGUUAAAAGCACUUUGUUGACUUGGAAAUUUGUCUGAGGGUAUUUUUUUUUUUUUUUUUAUAGAAAUUUUGCUUUAAGCUGCUUUUGUAGUUGUUUUUUCUUUUUUCUAAGAUUUAUAUUUUUUUUUCCCCAAAUAUGCUAAAGUAUGAAGCUUUUGUGUGUACUGUGAAACAUAAUAGAAUAUUUCAUUUUUUUCUUACUGUUAAAUCAUGGUAUAGUGUAUAUAACUUGUUAGUUUUCAUAUAAAAUAGUACUAAAUAGUAGUUAAUAUUACUUUCAUUGUUACUUAAAUUUUUCAAUCAAAUAAGUGCAAACUUUGAAUGCAUUUUAGGCAUAACCAGCAGCUGUAAUAUCAGUAAGGCACAUACUGUAUGCUAAGGCAUUUAGUAAACCGAUUUCUCCGUCUUAUAGUGACUAUUUAGAUAUACAUUAUGUAGUUGUUAAAUGAGCACAUGUGUUCUGAAGUCCUCAGCAACACAGUUAUUUUUUUGUUUUUUUUGGACUUCAGCCUUUCAGAUAUGUCAGAACAUAUAUCUGAUUCCUGGCCACUCCCUCUUAAGUGCCUUGCCUUACAAACAUUCGAAGCAUCUGUGAAGAGUUUAGGAUUGUAGUACAAAACCCAUCAGCUUGUGCAAAGUUCUGCAAAGUAUGUAUUUUUCAGUAGUACCAUAUUAUCGGAGCCCAAUUCAGUACUAGCGUAUUUCCGAGAGACUUCACCCUGGUCGGUGCCUGAGCUCUUGAGGUUCAGCUAAACAAUCGUUCCCUCUUCUUCAUUAACGAUGGUGCUUUUUGGGUGCAGCUUCAUUAUCGUUAGAAAUGUUGAAUCAUCCUUAAUUUAAAUGUGUAGGGAUAUUCAAAUCAGGAAAUGUUUGUGUGUUUCUUUGAUUGCAAAAACUGGCUUAGUACAUUUCUGUUUAUUGAAAUGUGUAGAAUUGUAGUGCUCUGUAGUGUUUACAGACAGAAAUCGUUAGUGUUUUUUCGUAUCCAAAUUCGACAGUGUAAUGUGCUUAGGUAAUCUAAUUGAAAUGACCUGCUACUGUGUUAUCUGAAACUUUUUUUUUUUUUUUUUUUUUUUUUCCUGUUCCUUUCAUAUUUACACCAACGAGUUUGUGCGGUAAAUUGUCAGGUACACAAAGGUGCAAGUUCUUUUUCUUAUGAAACCGGGAUAAACAGUUUACUUCAAAAGGGAUGGUUAUUGAGGAUCUAAUUGUCCAGACCCUCUUUCUUUUUCUUUCUUUCAGCUUCACAAGGCAAAGACAGUGUAUAUAUGAUUUCUCUCUGCUUUCUUUCUUGCAUUGUAUCUAAAUCCACAAGGUCUGUAUGUAGCUCAUGUUUUUGACUGAUUUGUCACUGCAUGUGUCAGUGUGUAACUUUUGUUAACCAGCUGAAGCUCUAGAUCACACUGCCAAAUGUAUUGAGCAGACUUAUCCAGUUGUUGGUCAGGCAUCACAGUCGAGCGCUCAAAGUAUUCAAAAAUAUUUUUUAAUGCAUUGACUAUGUGCUUAUCUUUUCUAGUUCGAUUAGCAAAGACAUGUUCUCGUUCGUACGGAGGUUGACGUAGAUAGGUUGAAAUGGAUCAAAGGAGCUCUGGAUGUGAUGUUUCUAACACUCAAGUGUUCAAGAGCUUUGCAGACGUGUCACUUUGUUGAGGAAUUAGUUCCAUUAUUUGGUUAUUGGACCAUAACAUAGGGUUUUGUUGAACUAUAAAAUGUGGUUAAUGUGUAAGAAUUCACACGACAUUUAUUUCACAAAUUAAGAGUGCGGUCAAAUCAAAUGUGGACUUUACUCAAAUGAACCAAAGUGGUAUUGUAGUUUAUACUUGUUUCAAAGUUCAAUUGAAGUGGUGUACAAUUACUAUGUCAGUUUUUCAAUGUUUAAUUUGACAGGACAACUAUGCCAACUGCUUUUGCUGACAAUAUUAAUGGACUGAAUGCCCAUUUUUGUAGUUUCUACCAAAGACCUUUACUAUUCUUAGUUCUCACUUCAAUUUUAUAACUGCAUUUUCAUUUUAACAUUUUGAGGAAAUAGUUAGAAAAAAAUGACCAAACCUAGUACCUUAUUUACAUAAUGUGCAUUCAAAAAAUCCUAAUGAAUCACAAUUCUUUAACUUAAUAUAAAGAUUGUGUUUCUUUUUUUUUUUCUUUUCUUUUUUUUUUUUUUGUUGUUCAAUUUCUCAGUAAAAAUGAUAACAUAGUAUUGAAUUGGCUGUAAUCUACAGUGAAGGAAUGUCAUAGUAAUGAAUGAAUAUUUGUGUUAAUAUUCUUAAGUGGCCAUAUGGAUUAGUGCUUAUUUGAAGUAUAUAUUAUUUCUUUUUUAUACAAAUAGUACUUGCUUGUAAAAUUCUGAAAUCAGUUUUGAAACAUUAGUUGUUGUGCACUACUUGUAUACUGUCAGGAAUUUAAAAGAGUAUCUCGGCCCGCAAGGUGCUUUCUUUAGUUUCCAUUUGACUGGUGUUUGUUUUUCUGUCUGUUUAGUUGGGAUUCUUCAGAAUUUGAAUAUGAAAUAGAAAAUCUUUUAACUUUUUUUUUGUUUUCUUCUUGAAGUCUAUUAUUGUAUUGUCAAAUGUUGUCUACCAUGGCUGUGUAGAACUUAUUUGAUUGUGAUGUAAAAUGGGUCCCUUGCUCAUGCUAGUUGAAAUGGCUGAGACAGACAUUGGGUUACAUUUCUAUAAAAAUUUUCAAAUAUUCCUAGCCUUAAACCUCACUUUUUGGCCUAGUUACAUUUGCAUGUUGUUAUAGUAAUGAAUAAAUAAAAAAAUAUAAUUGUUCAACAUAGCAAAAAAAAAAAAAAAAAAUGUAGACCUGCACUUAAAUGUCUGAUUCACGACCAGUCAUUCUGCUUGAUAAUAUUGUUAAAUCUUAGAAGGAUCAAGUCUCUUUGGAACAAAUUUGUGCCUUUUAAUAAAACCACAUUGAAAGUAUUUUUCAUUGAACAAAUGGGUAAGCCCAGCUUACGAAAUGAGCCGAAUUUUAGUGCCUUGGGACAUUUUAAAUCUGUAUUUCUCAAUGCACGAGAGUCCUGUCACAGACUUUCUACAGACCAGUGUAUUAAUAAUACAUAAUUACUCUGCCAUGCCUUUGAACGUUUCACUUUGAGUAAUAAGUGAUUCUGAUAGAGAAAUACUUACUCAUGUUGAAAGUCAGGAACAGUUAAGGUGUUUUGCAAUGAUAUUCUCUACCAAGGGUGUUAAAAGUAGCAGCUCAUCUGAACAGUUUAUGAAGUAUGACAAAAUUAAUGUGGAAUUGUUAUAAAAUCUAGUCGUUCCAAGUUUGGACUUCGGACUGAUUUUCUGUGUUAUUGGUUUGCUUAACAGUGAUUUUUCUGUACAAAAUUUAUAAUAAUGGCAGAUGGUAAUCUUUUAGUCCACAGCAUGAUCUUUCUAAAGCCCCUCUGUCUGCAUCAGCCAUUUUAAUACCAACUGUAACUGAAGAUGACCAUUUAACAUUGAUGUAAGACCAGGCAUCUGUAUUUAAAGAAGCACCAAGGACUCUUGUUUAGCAAUGUGUAAAUUAAUGUAUUGGAAAUUUACCAUAAUGCUCUGCAGUGGAAAUAAUCAUUUCUUCAUUUCUUUUUGCAUUCUUGUGGAUUUCUUUUGUUCAUUUGUUUGUUUUUCUAAUUUUGUUCUCUAUCAGUAGUGUGAUUUAUUGAACCUAAGGAUUUAUGCAAUCUUGUAUAUACGUAUUACAUAUGAAACUGGUUAAAUUUAGCAAAUUAGCCAGGGGAGGGAAGGGGGGUGGGGUAACAAUUACAAUAGUAAACUUUUGUAAGAGGCUAAAAUAAUAAUAAGAAAAAAGAUGCCAGAAUUUUUGGAACCACUGUUCCCUAUAAUUAAUGUUACGGUUAUUCGAACAUUAAAUCCCUGAAUAUUGAAUGUACCAUUCAAAUUAGAUUUAAAAUGGGUCACUGGAAUAACUUAGAGAACAGUUAAUCUAUAAUGAUGUAGCACUAGUUUUGUGAAUUGCGAUACAUUACAUUACAAAUAAAUUUAUAAGUUAAACAAUUGCAGUUUUCAAGUUUGUGUAUUUAUCCAUGUAACAAUUUGAUGGAAAUAUGAGAUGUAUUUUUCUCAGGGUUUUACAGGAGAACUGUAGAAUAGAGAGAGAUGUCCAAUUUUCAAAGGAAACUGCAACUCACAGAUUUAUUAGCUCAAAAGUCAAAAUGAGGAAAACAUUUAUAUUGUGAGGAAGAAACAUAUCCCUUAUUUUGGUACAGUAUGCAUCAAUAUAUAGAACAGCUUAUAUUCUAAUUAGUGUUGAAAUACUAUACAAUUUGCUGUCAAUAUAAUACUUUGUGUAUGUGUUGUCAACACAAGACCUUAAAACAUUUACUGGGAGUUGUGUGUUUAAGUUAUGGAGGCUUCUUUAUGGAAUAGUUGUACGUUUUUAUGCCGUGCAAGGCCAGAGAGGUUUUUCUUCACUAGAAUUACUUAAGAUGGUAUUAUUUAUAAUGCAUAAUCUUUUUCUUGUAGUGUAUCAUUUAAAAUUGUUAACACUUGUCUACACUACAGCAGUUAUGCAAUGGUUUACAGAAUUCAUGGAAUUAUUUUUGUCAUCAUGGGAAUUAAAUAAUUUUUGAUCUUUAA